ACUUUUCUCUUUCUGCUUGAUUUCUUCGUUUAUCUGUCACUGUCUUCUGGGACAACUUUUGGAAUUUGCCGCUUCUGUGGAAGCCCUUGAUUAGAUUGGAGCUGCCGGUUAAGCAGGGGUCAUGACAUAUUGACUCUUGUCUACGCUGUUGUCCGAAGAAUGACGUCCGUUUAUCUAUUGGUUGUUAAUCUUGUCCGCUUUGUUUUAAUUUCUUUCUGUGUCUGAGUUCAGUUAAAUUCUUUCAUGCGUUACUUUCAAAGGCAGGGUAAUCUUCGCUUGAAACUUGACUCACUAGAAACUGUCAUCUGGAUAAUUUGGAGAAUCUGAAUCCUCUCAAGUGAGUGAAUGGAAUUUGUCUCUCUAGUGGAAGAGGCUGCCCAUUGGGUUUUUUUUUUUUUUUUUGACGGUUUUAAUCCGUAAUUCAAGAUGAUUCCCACUUCUAUUUCUUCUCUUCUGCUGUAUCUCUUGAGUAUCUGUGGAGACAAUGUGGAUAUUUACAGUUGUGUCCUACAUUCUUGAAAUUGAGAUAUCACUAGAAAAUUUUCCUUAGGAUACUGUUCUCGGUAAAUAUUUGAUAGCAGAGCGAAGAGAUAGCUAUCUACCCCUUUGUAAAGGACGCCAUGAAAGUCGUGCACUCCUGGAUUAAAUGUCCUUUAGGAUUACGAGGGAUAUGGUAGGGAGUAUUUUAACAGAUAUUGUUCAAUCAAGUUGUGGAAGUUCGUACCUGUCAAGAAGAGGAAGAAGAGUAAUAUCUUUCAAAGGCUCUGUUAAGUUUGUACAAACAUCAUGUCGACUCUCUGUUCCGGGGAUCUCACCCAGAAAUGAAGGAAAAACCUGCUCUAAAACAUUGAGGGAUAAGAAGGCGGUUCCUAAUGCAGAUCCUCCCAGUAUCAGAGAUGUUAACCUUUUGUAUCAAUUUUUUGAUAAUAGUACCAAGCUCAUGGUAUUGACUGGAGCUGGAAUCAGCACCGAGUGUGGUAUCCCUGAUUAUAGAAGCCCCAGUGGAGCUUAUAGUACUGGUUUCAGACCAAUAACCCAUCAGGAAUUUGUCCGUUCUAGUAAAGCCCGCAGGCGAUAUUGGGCCAGAAGUUAUGCUGGAUGGAGACGAUUUACUGCUGCCCAACCAGGUGUUGCUCAUCGUGCUUUGGCUGCAUUGGAGAAAGCUGGCCGAAUCAAUUUUAUGAUUACCCAAAAUGUUGACAGACUGCAUCAUCGUGCUGGCAGCAAUCCUUUGGAGAUACACGGGACUGUAUACACUGUCAUAUGUAUAGAUUGUGGAUUUUCCUUUUGUCGAAGUGCAUUUCAGGAUGAACUGAAGGCCCUUAAUCCAAAAUGGGCUGUCGCAAUUGAAAGCUUGGACCAAGGUGAGCCUGGAUCAGACAAGAGCUUUGGCAUGAAACAAAGACCUGACGGUGAUAUUGAGAUUGAUGAAAAGUUUUGGGAGGAGGAUUUUAUCAUCCCAAGCUGUCCGAAGUGCAAUGGAGUUCUCAAACCUGAUGUGGUCUUCUUUGGUGAUAAUGUUCCCAAGGACAGAGCUGAUAUGGCAAUGGAUGCAUCUAGAAGUUGUGAUGCUUUCCUUGUGUUGGGAUCCUCUCUGAUGACAAUGUCUGCUUUUCGACUUGUCAGGGCAGCUCAGGAGGCUGGUGCUGCUACAGCAAUUGUAAAUAUUGGUGCAACACGUGCUGAUGAUCUUGUGCCCUUGAAAAUCAAUGCGCGAUUGGGUGAGAUUCUUCCAAGAGUACUUGACAUGGGUUCCAUGAGCAUCCCUGCUGUGUAGCGACUUUACAGGACGAGUUUUCAUUGGGAAUUUGUAUAGACGUGGAGAUGAGUGUUUAAGUUUCUCACGGAUUGUUUCAAAAUAACUUCAUCCAGAAAUCAUGCUGUUAUGUGAUAAUGUAUUCCACAUUGAUUAAAUGUUUAUUCUUACAUUCAUGCCCAUUCCCCAGUAAGAAGUUGGAUUUAUAGGCUCCUUUUUUAAUUAAGAAAAAUUAUUAUUAAAGUUUCCUGUGCAAUGUAAUGAAAUACAGGAUAAUAUGUAACGGAUAUUUGUUUUAUACUCACUAGAAAUAUAUGAAUUAUCUUCAGGCUGUUA